CCAUGGAAAGAAUCAUCUUUCUCAUUCUUUUUUGUAUUGCUGUUGAGGGAGAUGCAGUCAAACACAUUUAUAUCUCUAAGAGUUUGACCUGGACUGAAGCUCAGGCUUACUGUCGACGAUAUCACACUGAUCUUUCCUAUUUUAAUAGCCAGAGUGAUAUAGACAAGCUCCGAAAAGAUGCGGGUGGAAAUAUUUACCAUGGAUGGAUCGGCCUUCAACGAGAUCCCAACAACAGCACUGCUUGGAUGUGGUCAGGAGGGGGACACAUUACAUACCAGAACUGGGCUGCUGGACAACCAAAUAAUUAUAUGGGCCUUGAGAACAAUGGAAACAUCAAUCCUGAUGGAACAUGGAAUGAUGCCAGUGGCAGCUCUUUCUUCCAUUUUUACUGCAUGGAUGUGACUGUGGUGGAGGAGAAGAUGUCCUGGGAGGACGCUCUGAGCCACUGCAGAGAGAAACAAACUGAUCUCCCCAGUCUGCUCUCUGACACUGAUCUCCUUCUGGCCCAGACUGAGAUCAAGAACAUCACUGAGCAGGUGUGGAUCGGCCUGCGUUUCCUGGGUGACCACUGGCUGUGGGUGAACGGUGACCCUCUGGAAUAUGAGGCCUGGUCCCAAGAAGGAGGUCAGGACCACCAGUGUCCAAUCAGGAAACGCUGUGGAGCUUUAACCAAAGAGAGACUGUGGGAGAACCGGGACUGUCAAGACAAACUCUACUUCAUCUGUGUCUGACACAUUCUGAAGAGAUAACGUAUUAACAUCCACUUAAAAUUAUAUUCAUACUAUAUAACUAAGUCUAAACUGUCAUUUUUUAUUUGCCUUUCUAUUGAUAUUACACUCAUUUCUUAUUUGGGGGUUUGUACUUGUCAGGUGAAGUGUAAAAUUAGAAUGCAUUGUCAGAGUUUUGAAAAGAUCAGUAAGUAUUUUUUUUUUUAUUCAUUUAUUUUUUAAAAUGGGACAAUUCGUAUUGAUGUACAUUUUCAUGUAAAUACGAUAGAUUGUAGCCAUACGGCUAAUUUCCGUCUCGAGUCCCAUUGGAUCAAAAGAUCAAAA